CUGGCCAUCAUAUCGAUAUUGUUUAUCGUCCUCUCCACCAUCGCCUUGUCUCUCAACACCCUGCCAGAGCUGCAAGUCAUAGAUGAGUUUGGCCAGGCCAAUGACAACCCGAAGCUGGCCCAUGUGGAGGCCGUGUGUAUUGCGUGGUUCACCAUGGAGUACCUUCUUCGCUUCCUUUCCUCUCCUAAUAAAUGGAAGUUUUUUAAAGGGCCAUUGAAUGUUAUUGACUUACUGGCUAUUUUGCCCUACUACGUUACCAUAUUCCUAACAGAAUCCAACAAGAGUGUGCUCCAGUUCCAAAAUGUGCGUCGUGUGGUGCAGAUAUUCAGAAUCAUGAGAAUAUUAAGGAUCCUGAAGCUGGCCAGACACUCCACGGGGCUCCAGUCUUUAGGAUUUACUUUAAGAAGGAGCUACAAUGAACUGGGCCUGCUUAUAUUAUUCCUCGCCAUGGGCAUCAUGAUAUUUUCCAGCUUGGUGUUCUUUGCUGAGAAAGAUGAGGAUGCCACCAAAUUCACCAGUAUCCCUGCUUCAUUCUGGUGGGCCACCAUUACAAUGACUACGGUGGGUUACGGUGACAUAUACCCACAGACUUUACUGGGAAAGAUUGUGGGUGGACUCUGCUGCAUUGCAGGAGUGCUAGUCAUAGCCCUACCAAUCCCUAUUAUUGUCAACAACUUCUCUGAGUUCUAUAAGGAGCAGAAGAGGCAGGAGAAAGCCAUCAAGAGGAGGGAGGCUCUGGAAAGAGCCAAGAGGAAUGGCAGCAUAGUGUCAAUGAACCUAAAAGAUGCCUUCGCUCGAAGUAUGGAGCUGAUGGACGUGGUGGUUGAGAAAGGAGAGGACAAAUGUUCCCAGGACAACCACCUGUCGCCAAGCCGUUUGGGCAGCUCAUCCAGGCACUCCACCUCCGAAAGCAACCUGAGAUCGCCAGAUAAAAGAAACCCAGAGUUCCUGCCACAGAGCUCCCCACAUCGUAUCAUCAUCACCACCACUGGAAGUCCACAGCGGGGAAGCAGGACACCACAGCACCUUAAUGUUCAAAGGCUGGAGGACAUGUACAACCAGAUGACCAAGUCACAGUCCUUCACCAAUCUCAAUACUACGAGCUCCAUGAGCACGCUGAGCACAACCAUGACUGCCCCAGGCACACCGAAGAAAUCUUUGAGCCCCGACUCGACAUUAAAAGAGGAGGUGAAACUGGAGAUGAAGCAAGUUCCGCCAUGUUCCGAAGACAACUUUGCCGGCUGUUCAGUGGGCUUCACGAAACAGGGCUCCAAUUCAGUUAGGGAAGAUGCCGGGACAUGGCACAUCAGACACCCCAGAGCCCCGCCUUUUCUAAAUCUUAGCAAACUGAGGAACGAUGACGACCAGAGGUCCCCUGAAAACAGAGAAGGCUUUUACGAAUGUAUCAACCCAGCUUAUGGAUCAGAAAGCUAUCUCCAGGAAGGAGAGAGCUUUAACAGCGCUAUAGAAAGUAUUCAGAGCUCUCUAAUCGGUAACAACCCUCUGAAAAGAGAAGAGUUGGAUGUCAAAAUUAACAAAACACCCACCGAAGGUCCUCUAACUCCACCUAGCACUACUUCUCCUGGAGACAUCAGUUCCAGCAUCAUGGAAGAUGAGUCUCCUGUGGGAGAUUCGUCCCCACUCAUUCCCAGGUCAGACGAGCCGCCUCCGGUCACUGUGGAGAACACCCUCUCCCCUAAGAGGCUGGUGGUAGACACCCCACCUGGAGAUGAAGAUCAGUCCACAGAGAGCCCCGAGGAGAAACACCUGAUGGAGGAGGCGGGGGCUGCCGUGGCGCCUUCUUCACCCAAGACAGAAGCACAAAACUGCACACAGGGUGUGGUCGGGGCAGGGGAGGAGGUGAAGGCCGACGGCAAUCCAAGCGGACACAAAGUAGAGAACCACAUGUUUACAACUGAUAUCCACCUGAUUCCUGGGGAUGGCAGCCUCUCUCCAACCUGUGAAACCAGCAUGUGA